AUGUUCCACCUCCCGCCCCCUCCCCAGAGGCUGAGCGGGCAGGAUGGCAGCAGUUGGCACACCGCCAUCUUCUUCACAACAGGCACCUUUUCAACACUUUUAAACCUAGUAGGAGAAACAGUCGUUGAGACGACAGGAGGAUGGAGGAAGCUGAGGGAAGCUGGUGAAAACAUCUGCAUUUGGAGCGUGGCGAGACACCAGGUUCCUCUAGCUGCGAAGGUCAGGACUCAGAUGUGUCCCUUUGAGGCUGCAGGGCUCCCAGCCACCACCCCAGACACUGGCCACCUCCCAGUGGAAAACGAUGCCUCGGUCGCAGGUCGAGCGGUGAAGGUGCGGAGCCAGAACUCGACUAGUGAGCUGCCGACGGCCUCGGGCGUGUGUGAGGGGAUGGGGGUCCAGGCCCAGGCUCCGAGGCGGCGCGCGGCGGCGGAACGACACAGGCAGGUCCGGGACGGCGUGGUCCGUGAAGUCGCGGGGCACCGGGGAGCGCCCCGAGCUGCUACCGUGAACCCCGAGAAGGAUUUCGCGCCGCACACGCCCAACAUCGUUCGCGCCCUCCAAGACAACCUCUGCGAAAAGCGGAAGGUGGCAGCGCUGGAGAUCAAGCUGGUCCGGGAGUUCGUGGCCCAGAACAACACCGUGCAGAUCAAGCAUGUGAUCCAGACCCUGUCUCAGGAGUUUGCCCUGUCUCAGCACCCCCACAGCCGGAAAGGGGGCCUCAUCGGCCUGGCCGCCUGCUCCAUCGCACUGGGCAAGGACUCGGGGCUCUACCUGAAGGAGCUGAUCGAGCCCGUGCUGACCUGCUUCAAUGACGCCGACAGCAGGCUGCGCUACUACGCCUGCGAGGCCCUCUACAACAUCGUCAAGGUGGCCCGAGGCGCCGUGCUGCCCCACUUCAACGUGCUCUUUGAUGGGCUGAGCAAGUUGGCUGCGGACCCAGACCCCAAUGUGAAAAGUGGAUCUGAGCUCCUAGACCGCCUCUUAAAGGACAUCGUGACAGAGAGCAACAAGUUCGACCUGGUGGGCUUCAUCCCCUUGUUGCGGGAGAGGAUUUACUCCAACAACCAGUACGCCCGGCAGUUCAUCAUCUCCUGGAUCCUGGUUCUGGAGUCCGUGCCAGACAUUAACCUGCUGGAUUAUUUGCCGGAGAUCCUGGAUGGACUCUUCCAGAUCCUGGGCGACAACGGCAAAGAGAUUCGGAAAAUGUGUGAGGUGGUCCUUGGAGAAUUCUUGAAAGAAAUCAAGAAGAACCCCUCCAGUGUUAAGUUUGCUGAGAUGGCCAACAUCCUGGUGAUCCACUGCCAGACCACGGGUGAGUGUGUAAGGCCCCCGCCAUCCCCACCGCCUCCUCAGGAGCACCUUUCUCUGUUCUUCUUGGAGGGAGUCCUGGUGGGGGUGGUGGGUCCUAGUGGGAAAGAUUGCAUUUCUCCACCAAAGUCAUAGCUCAGUGGUUAACAA